CGGUGUUCGUUCCGCUCGUGACCAUCUGCUGCCAUGGCUGGGCCAGGGGCUACUUUCCGCCGCCUCGCCGCCGUGUCCGGAGCCGGGGCUGUAGGCUUGGCCGCCUACGGGGCGCACGGGGCCCAGUUCCCUGAUGCCUACGGGAAGGAGCUCUUUUUCAAGGCCAACCAAUACCACUUCUUACACAGCCUGGCCCUGUUAGGGGUGCCCCAUUGCAGAAAACCCCUCUGGGCGGGAUUACUGCUAACUUCUGGAACCACCUUAUUUUGCACCAGCUUUUACUACUACGGUCUGAGUGGAGACCCCAGGAUCCAGACUUUGGCCCCUGUGGGAGGAAGCCUGCUAAUCUUGGGAUGGCUUGCCUUGGCUCUUUGAGCUUCCUUUUGUUUAAUUUCUGGGUAAUUUUUUGAGUGUUGGCUCUGGGAGGGGAUUGAAAGAGAAAGGCAAAUAAAGAACUUUGUAGUAUCUGUUCCUCUAACCUCUUGAAAGAGGAAGGGUAGGGAUUUUCAAACUCUGAACUCCCUCCCUUCCCUAAGGGAGGGAAUCAGUGAACCUCCAGCCUGAGGAUUCAAAUUGCUUCAAGUUACUUUUUAUGAGGAUCUUAACUGGUGGCCAUAAUAUGCUUGAAUAAUGUUCAUUCUUAGUGAAGACCUCCUUGGGGUCUUAGAAUCAAUACUCUGAUAAACUUAUCUUGUGGUUCUGAUGCUCAUUAUAAUUUGAAGAUAACUAUAGGGUAGCAGAUUUUUGCCCUGUCAUCCUACAUAUUUACUCACUCCAUGAGUCAGAGUUUAUUUUUUUUUUAAGAUUUAUUUUUAUUGGGUUCUCCAUGGUGGCGCAAAGGGUUAAGUCACAGCACUAUGAAGCAGUCUGCAGCCACUGCAGCACGAUUUCGAUCCCUGGCCAAAGACGUGACCUACAUGGCGCAGCAGACCUCUCCUGACUCGCCCGCUGCUCCCCUCAGCAGUGUAUUUCAGUCAGUCUACCUGUUCUGCUCCCCACUCUGUCUCUUGUGAGUCCUUUCAUCCCUCCUCCCUCACCUCUGGCCUGUACCCCAGUUUUUGAAUGCAUAAAUAGAUAAAAAUAAAUCCCUUAAAAAGA